AUGCAUUGCCUUUCAACAACCGACGAAGUUUUUUUUGCCGCAUUAUCAGACAGGAUGAUAUCCGAAAAACGUAAACAUUGGCUGCUUUCACAGUCUACUCUUUGCCACGUUUUCGUGUCAACGUCAACGGAUAUCUCUCUUUGUGAAUUAUUCGCACGUCUCGUGAAUCGUUUACGUGCUAUACCUGCUUUAUUUGCUGCUCUAGACGAGGUAAAUCAACCGAUUGAAAUAUGUGAUAAUGCCUUAAAUGUGCAAUACAUAAAUCGCGCCUAUGAAACAAAUACUGGUUGCAAGCGGAGUGAAGUGCUCGGUAAAAAAACAUCCGAUAUUCGACGAAAAUCAUUGCAACAAAAAUAUUCAACGCGAUCGAAAGAUUUUAUUACAACAACUGUAGCAGAUGAUGAAGUAGCACAAAAAGAAAAUUAUGAAUGGCAAUGCAUACAAGUACCUGGAAGUUCUACUAGCCAACAAUUUGUUUAUUUGAAACGAAAUAUUGGUGGUAGUGGUGGUAGUGGUGGUGGUGGUGAUUCGGCACUCUAUACUAAUACACCAUCGAUACGAAGUGAACGAUCACAAAGAGCGCUUGUUGAUUCGCCCAUCAAUGAGGUGUUAUUCUCAUUACGAGAUGCUAUGAGGGGAACGGACGAACAAACACAACAACUUCUACGAGAUGCAAUUAGAGUAUUAUCAUCAUCCGAAUUAUACGCUCCAACAAUAACACGUUUUGGUAAUAAUGAUCGAAUAGCAACUGGUUAUUACGAUGGAUUAAUACGUCUUCAUCAUAUGCCUCAAAGUCGAAAACGUUCCGUUGUUGAUGCGUUUAAAGUUAGGCGUAAAUCGCAGAGCAUUGAUGGUUGCCAUAAUCUUUCAAGCGAUAUACGAAGCGCUUUAUCAAACGAUACUCAAUGGAAUUUCGAUAUUUUAUAUUUGGAAAAAAUUUCCGGAAAUCAUGCACUUUCACGUUUAGGCACAAAGAUAUUCGAACGUUGGAAGAUUCAUGAAACAUUGAAAUGUUCGAUGGAUUUAAUUACUCGUUGGUUUGAUGCGAUUGAAACUUAUUAUCGUACAGUAAAUCCGUAUCAUAAUGCUACUCAUGCAGCCGAUGUCUUACAGGCUACAUCAUUUUUUCUUGAUUGUCCUACUGUUGCUCAUUACGUACAGGAAUCACAUGCUACUGCACUUUUAAUAGCUGCCGCUGUUCAUGACUUGGAUCAUCCCGGACGUGGUAAUGCUUUUUUAAUAAAUACACAACAACCAUUGGCAUUAUUAUACAACGAUCAAUCAGUAUUGGAAAAUCAUCAUAUUUCAUUAGCAUUUCAACUUACCUUACAAAGUACCAAUAAUAUUAAUAUAUUUGCUGCACUUACACGAGAAGAAUUUGCAACAUUACGACAAGCUGCUGUUGAAAUGGUUUUAGCUACUGAUAUGAGUCGACAUUUUGAAUAUUUAACAAAAUUUCAACAAGUUGUUUCAAAUUUAAAGGAUCAUGAAGAAAAUGAGAAUAACAUAUCGCUAACAAUAUGUCGUAUGUUAAUCAAAUGUGCGGAUAUCGCAAAUCCAACAAGAGAAUGGAAAUUAUGCGAAAGAUGGGCAAUGCGUAUUGUGAAAGAAUAUUUUGAUCAGACAAAUGAAGAACGUGAAAAAGGUUUACCAUUAACAAUGGAAUUAUUUGAUCGUAACGUUUGCAAUAUACCAUUAACGCAAUGCGGUUUUAUUGAUAUGUUCGCACGUGAAGCAUUUACAAGUUGGACACAAUUUUCAAAUCUACCAAAUUUACUUACACAAUUGGAAAAAAAUUAUGAAAUAUGGCGACAGCAAACAGCUGAAUGGAAUCCAUCAAAGAAUGCGCACUUUUGUGAUAAAGGAUAUUUACAUCAUUAA